UCAUAGUCGAGUAGUGACAAUCGUUCCAAACGAUCCUCGCAAGAGCAACCGAACUCAACUCCUCUCAGCGACUUCUUCCGCAUCCUCGCCAUGUACAAGUGCGCCAUUCUUCUCGCUCUGCUCGCCUGCGUAGCCGCGGCGCCUGCCCCCGGGUACCUGGCGUCCGCACCCGCUGUCGCAUACUCGGCUCAUCCCGCAUCCAUCGUCCACGCGGCCGCCCCGAUCGCCUACGCCGCACACGCAGCCCCGGUCGCCGCCUAUACCGCACACGCAGCUCCGUUCGCCUAUGCCGCUCACGCGGCUCCGCUCGCCUAUACCGCGCACGCCGCGCACGUCGCCUACGCUGCACCUGCUGUCAGCUACAUCCACUAACGAGAUGGAUCCAAUGGCGAAUCUGCAGCACGCACAUUUCUUCGGAACAAGGACAAGGCUGCCCGGACGACAAUGUCACACCCGACAAGGGAGGAAAAUUAUUCACAUAUAAUUUUUAUUAUAUUUAACACACAAAUGCAGAGAUAAAAAUAAAUUAAUACUUUAUCUAA